CGGUUGUGUGGUAGUUGCAGAGUCAGAGCUUAGAUCGGCUAUGGCGGCGGUCUUUUGGAGCUGUUGGACGCGGAAGAGAAGACCGCAUGGAAACAAGUCAGCGCUCUUUUACACGGUCAUGGAUAGCCCACUUACUGGACUCAGUGUUUCCGGUUGCACGACACAGAGUGGGUUGAGCUGGACAGUUGGAAAGGGGGCGCAGCUCGGGUGAACCAGAAUGAC